AUGAUCGGUCUGAGACCGUCUGCUUCUGCGUUCCGGCAGGCAUACUCCGGGUGCACCGGUCGGGUCCGGGUCCCGGUUUCGGCAUCGGGUCCGGCGUCCGGGAGAUUUCUCGCGGCCCGCGUUCAAGUUUCAGCCCCCUUCUCGACGGUUUCGCUCGCAUACGACUUGCAUGAGCCAGCAAAGCCCGUCGCCGAUAAGCAAACGUCACCAAUCAUUUUUAUGCAUGGCUUGUUCGGGUCCAAGAAGAACAACCGGACGAUAAGUAAAGUCCUGGCCCGCGACCUAAGACGACAUGUCUACGCUGUGGACCUUCGCAACCACGGCGAUUCGCCCCAUGAUCACCGCCAUGACUACCCCGCCAUGGCCGCCGAUGUGGCCGACUUCAUCCGACAACACGGUCUGAAAGAGCCCACGCUGAUCGGCCACUCCAUGCCUGCUCACUCCAACCACCCUCCUAAAACUAGGGGCGCUAAAACAGCCAUGGCACUCGCCCUGCACGAGCCCGACCUCGUAGCCAACCUGAUCGCCGUCGACAACGCGCCGGUGGACGCGCGGCUGGGGUCGGACUUUGGGUGGUACAUCCAGGGGAUGAAGAAGAUCGACGAGGCCGGGGUGACGCGGCAGGCGGAGGCGGACGAGAUCCUGGCGCCGUACGAGUCCUCGGUGGCGAUCCGGCAGUUCCUGCUCGGCAACCUGCACCGGCCGUCGGCCGCGAGCAAGACGCAGCAGUUCCGCGUGCCGCUGCCCAUCCUGGCCCGCGCCCUCGACCACCUCGGCGACUUCCCCUUCAAGAGCCCCGCCGAGGUGCGCUUCGCCAAGCCCGCCCUCUUCGUCCGCGGCACCCAGAGCAAGUACGUGCCCGACGAGGUCAUCCCGCUGAUCGGCCAGUUCUUCCCCAUGUUUGAGCUGGUCGAUGUGGACGCCGGGCAUUGGGUGAUUUCGGAGAAGCCCGAGGCUUUUAGGGAGGCUGUGAUACGAUUCCUAGAGCCCAAGGAGUAG